UUAAAAGAAAAAAAAAAAACGUAUAUGUUUUCAAAGGAUUCUCGUGAAAGAAGUCCCAACAGUUGAUCCAAGAAGCGAGGGAGAUUAAACCGCAUUUUUCCCCUCAAAUCAAAGUCCCCUCGCGCCAAAUGGUCCUCGAAUCAAUGAACUCCAACACAACCAAAAAAAUGAAUAUUUAUAACCCCUGGGAACAAUAGAUUCGUUUCUAAUUCAUCAAUUCUUGUUCAACAUUCGAAGAAUUCAACGAAAAUACCGAAGUCUUCUUCGAAUCGACAAGUUUCCACGCCAAAAAAGUUUUCCCCUUUUUCUCCUGACAUCAAACUUCAAUUUCCCAUUCAUUGAUUUCCCACGGUGCGUUUCCCUGUUCCUCUCCCGCGUUCGGAUCGAUAAAGCGUCGCGGCGCAAGAAAAAUGGCCGAGGAAGACAACCUCGAAUACUACAUCACGUUCCCGAACCCGAAUUUCGACUAUAAGAAUCAGAAUGGCGACGAUUUCGUCUUCGUCAUCGACGAGGAAAAAGUCCCUGUCGUUAUCCUGUUCGGAUGGGCCGGAGCCGAAGACAAAUACCUCAGCGUCUACUCCAAGAUAUACGAGGAAAAGGGGCUGAUAACCCUCAGGUACAUCUCCCCGGUCAAAUACCUCUUCUGGAAGCAAAACAGGAUGGCCAAGAUCGGGGAGAAACUGGUCAAGCUACUCAACGACCUCAACUUCGGUAACCACCCCAUCAUAAUUCACUGUUUCUCCAACGGUGGGGCGUUUCAGUAUCAGUUCUUCUCGCAGGCCCUCAAACUUAGCCCCAAACCGAUGCAGAUUAAAGGUGUCAUAUUCGAUUCAGCACCAGGUAAACGGAGGGUGCUGAGUUUAUUCAGGGCCAUAAGAGCGAUAAGAGGCGGGAAUAGACUGUUGAACCUACCCAUAUGUUUUUUCAUGACAAUGUUCUUCACCACCAUGUGGUUACUAGAGAUAAUCCAAAGUUACUUCGUUAAGAAGAGCGUCCUACACAUGAAUCCCUUGGAAAACCUCAAGCACGAGGAGAAUAGAUGGCCCCAACAUUUCAUAUACUCGAAAACGGACGUUUUAAUCCCUUACCAAGAUGUGGAAUACUUUGCGAGCUACAGGAAAUCCCUGGGAGUCGAUAUAAGUCUGAAAUGUUAUGAUGACACUCCCCACGUUCGACACUAUCCCUACAACAGGGCCAGCUAUACGCAGAGCGUUUGUAAUUUCAUGAACAAAUGUCUGAAUAUGUACACUUAAAGGGUCUGGAGAAACUAGACGAAGGAUAUUAAUUGAUCUAGAAGAGUGUUUAUUGCCUUCUGAACGAUAGAGCCAAUUGUGAUACGUUAACUUUGGUCUCAAGGAUUACUACUUUUAAAUCAGGAUGGCUGACGAGAUACAGUCAUCAAUUAGGUGUAGUUUUAGCCUUCAAUUUCUCGCUUGUAGGGUUAACGUUGGAGACAGUGGAAUUUCUCUCCUUGAAUAACAGUUUUUUUUUUAAAUUGAAUAAGGAUUUGGUCUGGAGCUCCUGUUUCACAGUGCAUUUCAACUUGUGAUAUUUUGUACGUUAAUUUCCCUCUCUAAUAAAUUUUAUCACUGUUUA